AUGAAUGCUGAGGACGAACAAAGAGAAGAGGUGGAGGUCUUGCAAUCAAUAUACCCAGAUGAGCUUGUUGUGAUCAGCGAUAGCCAUUACAAGAUCAGAAUCAAAUUAGACACUCCUAGCACUAGAGUUCACACUUUGGCACUUGAUGUCCGGUAUCCAGCUACUUAUCCAGAAGUGAUACCGGAUUUGGAUGUAGAAUUAGCAGAAGAUAUAGAAGAAGAGUACGACGAAGACGACGAAGACGAUGAUGAUGACUACGACAACUACCAAAUUGAUGACGACGAUGAGGAUGAAGAUACAAAAAGAGUCAAAGAAGCCCUCAACAUGUCGGAGACCAUCGAAUUCACAAAGAAGGACUUGGAAAUUUUAUAUGAAAAAAUCAUAGAAGAAGCCAAUAACCAAAUUGGUAUACCGAUGGUAUUUGCGCUUGCAUCGCAAUUGAAAGACGACGCCGAACAAUUGUUUAAAGACAAUCUUGAUAGCAAACAGGCCGAAUACGAUCGCGAAUUGCUUGAGCGAGAAAGGAUCGAGCAGCAGAAAUUCAAUGGUACUCCUGUGACUAAGGAAUCUUUCGCAGCCUGGAGAGAUAAGUUCCGCAAGGAGAUGAACUACGAAGAGAAACAGAGACAGAAGUUCCGGGCUAUGCACCAGGGCAAGCUCACAGGAAGAGAAAUCUUUGAGAAGGGCUUGGCUCAUGAAGAGGAGGUAGAUGAUUUGGCUGAAGGAGUGAAGAAGGUUGCUGUAUAGACAAAUUAGCAUAGUAUGACAGCUAUAUGAUAUGGUAUAUUGAUAUGGAUAUACCUUGCAAU